GUUUCAUCCUUUCUUUUCCUCAUCCUCACUCUUCUUUUUCUCUCAAGUUCAAAAUCCCUGAGCAUGAUAUUUCAGGCCUCAAGGUUCAGCGCCUCGGGACGUAAAGUGCCCCUCGAGCCCCGCCGAAGCGAAGCAUGCCGCUCACACAAACCCCACAAACCCCACAGUGGAGUGGUUCAGCAACACAACGGUGUCCUUCCCACUCACAGUGCACACACACACAAUGACAGUCUCACAUGCUCAUAUCAGAGAGGCACUGCCGCAUUCACUAAAAUGUACACUAAGCCACACACCUACAGAGAGGAAAAUAAAAACAAAAGAAAAGAACAACAACAACAGGAUACCAACAGCACACAAAGCACACACAACACAAUAAUCACAGGUGCCACUCUCAUCAGAGAAAAACAUUCACCCACACCAGCACAUCAACACACCCGAAAAAGAAAAAAACAGAUCCAUUACGUGAAGCCGAAGCGGAACACUCUCAGUCCCUCCCCGCAGGUUGCAGUCACUCAAGCAAGCCACACACACCACAAGAGCAGAAAUAUAUUCGUGGCAAUACCGUGA